AGGCUCAUCCGCUCGCCUCCCCAUUGACGUCAGCCCAGUAUCACAUGAACCAGCGCGGACCAAUCGGCGCGGCGCUGCUGGAGAGAGCUGGCUCGUUUACAGCAAGAUAGGGGGAAAAUACGGAAUCAAAGGAAACCGAGCCAGCGAGCCUGUAAUGAGCGCAGAACCCCACACAGGAAGCGAGAGCCGCCGCAAUCGGAGGUUUCUUUCCUUUUCGUCCGUGUGCCCGCGUCUUUCCGCUGCUGGAUCUAUUCGUUUUGCCUCGGAAAUGGAUAAGGCCGUGGCCCGAACAUAUUGAGUCGCUCGUUGGCAGCGGAGGGCAGUCGACACGCGCACCGCGGACGCAUUUCGUGGAGCAUUGUGCGGGCAGGAAAAUGGUGGAUUGUUUACAGUGUAUAAUCAAAUGCUUCCGCCGCGUGGAUAUCCUGCCAUAAAAGUGUCGGAAGGCUCCUUUAGCGCCCGUCUCGGGUAAUUGGUCGUGUUGGAGCAGCACUAGGUAGGAAGGUAGGUAGGUAGGUAGGAAGGUAGGUUCCCCCCCUCCCCCAGCUCGAUCAUACGGUGCUCCUCUUUUGCUAUACUGUACAUGUAGCUUGUGUCUUGUGUGGCCGUCUCGUAUAAAGCCAUCGCCUCGUUUCGGGAAAACGGUUGGAUUACUCAGUGAUGGAUUUCAACAGCGCCGGCGGAGGCAACGAGCUGCACAACAACCAGUUUUAUCAGUGCGAGGAGAGCAAGCCUCUGCUGGGGGACAUGUCGGAGGGCAAUAAUAACGCCAAAGUGGCCGCGGGGCCGUGCAAGAGGAGCCUGCAAUACUGCAGCGGCAGCGGGAUGCGCUACAAGCUGCUGCACGAGGGCGACAUCCAGGUGUGCGUGCUCAAACACCCGCGCACCUUCCUCAGCAAGAUCCUCACCUCCAAGUUCCUGCGCAGAUGGGAGCCGCAUCACCUCACGCUCAGCGACUGCAGCCUGACCUCUGCCACCCCCACUGGUUACAUGGAGACGUCGUUGUCCUACAGCUCAAUAGAGGACUUGCAGCUGCUUUCAUGGGACAAUGCACCAAAGUACUGUGUCCAGCUCAGCUUCCCUGGUGGCACAGUCCUGUUGCAGGCUGCUAAUAGCUACUUAAGGGACCAGUGGUUUCACUCCUUACAGUGGAAGAAAAAGAUCUACAAAUACCGUAAGGUGUUGAACAAUCCAAGCCGCUGGGAUGUUGUGCUGAAGGAGAUCAGAGCGCUCGUAGACAUGGCUCUGACCUCACCUCUGCAGGACGAGUCCAUCCAUCAGGCCCCUCUACAUAUCAUCUCUACUUUGCUGGCAGAGAACUCUAAUCUCAGUACACAGGAUCACGAGAACAUCAUUGUGGCCAUUGCACCUCUUCUGGAAAACAACCACCCACCGCCAGAUCUUUGUGAGUUCUUCUGUAAGCACUGCCGAGAACGGCCACGUUCCAUGGUUGUUAUAGAAGUCUUCACUCCUGUGGUCCAGAGAAUCCUCAAACACAACAUGGAUUUUGGAAAGUGCCCUCGACUGCGCCUCUUUACUCAGGAGUACAUCCUGGCCCUCAAUGAACUGAAUGCAGGAAUGGAAGUUGUCAAGAAGUUUGUUCACAGCAUGCACGGGCCAACAGGGCAGUGCCCUCACCCACGUGUCCUGCCUAACCUGGUUGCAGUAUGUCUUGCCGCCAUUUACUCCUGUUAUGAGGAGUUCAUUAACAGUCGAGACAACUCUCCGAGCCUGAAGGAGAUCAGAAAUGGCUGCCAGCAGCAGAAUGACCGCAAGCCUCCGAUGCCUCUCCGCCUGCUGCGCCCAGAGCCCCCAACGCCACCUUCUACCACCCUGCUCCCCCUCUCCUGCAACCCCAGUCCUCCUCAGCCACCUCCUCCUACUCCCCCAAACCUUCCACCAUCAAUCCCCAUAUGCUCCCCAACACCCAGCCUGCCCCUCUCUCCUCUUCCGUGUGUUGUCAACUCCAGCGAGAUCCUGGUGGAGUUAGAGCGCAACAAUAACUCUGCCAACACGAAGCGGAAGUCAGAACACGACAGUGAACCCAACCUCAUCGACUGUCUACUGGUCAGCCCAGCCGUCAACACUCUAUCCAUCCAGCUGCCUGCGCAGGCAGACCGUGUGCUUGGGUGUUUUGCUCUCAUCCUUAAGAUGCUGUCGGAUUAUGACGACUGGAGACCUGCAUUGGCCAGCCUGUUGCAGCCCAUCCCUUUUCCGAAAGAGGCCCUUGCACAUGCCAAAUUCACAAAGGAACUGAAAUAUGUCAUUCAGAGGUUUGCAGAGGAUCCAAGGCAGGAGGUCCAUUCCUGCCUACUCAGUGUGCGUUCAGGAAAAGAUGGCUGGUUUCAACUCUAUAGUCCAGGAGGGGUGGCCUGUGAUGAUGAUGGAGAACUGUUUGCCAGUAUGGUUCAUAUCCUGAUGGGAUCCUGUUAUAAGACCAAGAAGUUCCUCCUCUCUUUGGCUGAGAACAAGCUUGGCCCCUGCAUGCUAUUGGCCUUGCGUGGGAACCAGACAAUGGUGGAGAUUCUGUGUCUAAUGUUGGAGUACAACAUCAUAGAGAACAAGGACACCCAGCUGCAGAUCAUCUCCACCCUGGAGAGCACCCAGGUGGGCCGCCGCAUGUACGAACAGCUCUGCGACCGACAGCGAGAACUUAAAGAACUGCAAAGAAAAGGAGGCCCCACCCGCCUGACUCUUCCCUCCAAAUCCACGGAUGCAGACUUGGCUCGCCUGUUGAGUUCGGGUUCUUUUGGGAACUUGGAGAAUCUCAGCCUGGCCUUUACCAAUGUCACCAGUGCCUGUGCCGAGCAGCUCAUCAAGCUGCCUUCGCUCAAACAACUUAACCUGUGGUCCACUCAGUUUGGGGAUGCAGGACUGCGGUUGUUGUCAGAGCACCUGGCCUGCCUUCAGGUGUUGAACCUGUGUGAGACCCCUGUCACUGAUGCUGGUUUACUGGCUCUGAGCUCCAUGAAGAGUUUGUGUAGUCUGAACAUGAACAGCACCAAGCUUACAGCUGACACAUAUGAGGACCUCAAGGCCAAAUUGCCCAACCUGAAAGACGUGGAUGUUCGGUACACUGAGGCGUGGUGAUCGACCGCUCGCGUGCACUGUAUGGGUCGCCAGACUCACACAAGAAGCAUAGCCACUGAAAACAGUUAACAAAAAAGGGUUUUGUUGUGUCGUCUGAUAUCUCAGACGUCACUCAUCAGAAUGACCUUACUUUGACGUGUGCGUGCGUGUGUGUGAGGAGAGGAUACAUACAGUAGAUGGCAUCGCUAGGAAGGAAGGUUCCAAUUUUCUCCAACAAAGAAAGCUUUAUGGACCUUGUUGCUCACCUUGCUACUGCUGUCAGUGUAUAGUGGACCCUUUUUUUGCUAAUGUGAUCAGAGGACAUUCAAGGACCUGCUAUACUGUAACAAAACUGAUCUUUUUUUCUCCCAAUAGCCUUCCUGUAAUAUGUUGUCAGAUAUUUUGUCUGUUUCUUAACCGGUCCAAAUCCAGCUCUGAUGUUUUGUGGAAAAGAGUAAUGCCUGCUCUGAGACUUCCACGCGCUCUCUUUUUUCUUUUAAAUCUCUCAUUUAUCUCAUGUGAUGAAGCGCUUACAUUCCAGCUCUUCUCUGCACUAAUCCAAGAUGUAGCUAUAUUCAAACAGACUUGUUUUACUCUUAAUCACCUCAGUCCCACUGUCAUUCUCCAGUUGUAUUUUCCGGGUCCCUCUUCCAGUUUUUCCAAGACUUCAGUUGGGAACGGUGCUGCCUUUGUGAGUUGUUCAGACUGUGCCUGCUCCUCAUUUACAAACACAUUCAAAGGCAACACAAAAAGGUUUCUACCAGGUUAAAUGAUCUUAUUUUUCCAGGCAUCUGGCUUUCUUAUAUUGUGUGUUUAUAUGAAGAUGAAUGUCAGGAAUGGCAUUUUAAAAAACUGUUUGGGAUCUCUGUAGGAGAAUUUAACAGCGAAAGCAAAAUAUGUCCCUUUUUAAUUCGUCAGUGUACAUACUGAUCAGCUCCCAUUACUAUUUAAUAGGACUUUUGUGUAGCAGUAGCUGGGUGGUCUGGGACUGCCUGUUAUUUAUAAGGCUCUUUUAAGAUCUGGGAUUUGAAUCCUGGCAGUAUCGAUGAACACAGACUCUGUUCUUUUUAGUUGUUUCAUUGCUUGUUUUUGACACAAAAUACAUGAAGCCAACCUAGAGCGUACCCAUACAUGGAUUUCUCUGUACUAUGCCAUAGUGGUCACAUAGAUCUGUUAAUGUACACCUGUAUACGAGACCCAUCACCAGCUAAGAGUUUGUAUAUUUUCAUAUGCUCUGUAUUUUGUUCCCGAUUGGAGACGGUUGGACAUGGAGGAAGGACACUUUGCCAAAACAUCAAAUUUGUUUUUUUUCGUUGCAUCAAGCCAACAUGCGCUUCUUACUUACACCAGGCUGGUGAAGCAGAUCUUGUGGUGAGCUGUGCUAAGACGCAGUCUGACCUCCCUUGCCAACGUCACACUGCAGACGUUUUUUUUCUGCUGUAUUUAAAUUGGUGGUAUUUUUAGGGUUGUUUGUAAAUGGAAUAUUGGGACAAUUCAUGUACAUAUAUCGAGUUGGGCUAUAAAAGACACUGAUUUGGGAGGGGAAGGACAACUUUUAGCCAUAAUUGUCCCUCUACAUUCCCUCAAAGCGUUGUCCGUGUACUUUGGCAACGUUGCAUUUUACAGUGUGUGGCUAUUGCCCUGCCUCACUGUAAGUCAGCCACUUUUGUCUUGUGUACGUGGCUCCAUAUUGAGACAAAACAAGACAAGUCCACCUUUUUCAGUCAGUUUUGCUCCAUAUGCAUCUAUUUUCGUUAUAUGUGCCACCCUCUAAAUACACCCAAGUUGUUAAUACAAAGCAAAAGUUACAAAAGAGAACAGGAUGCCGUCCACUCCAAGUUAUUUACUAUUUAUUGGGUGAAAUGCAGUUUUCUGCUUGGUCAGUAGAUUUUAUGGUCAUCCUCAUCCUCGCUACCUUUCAUAUCCUGUAUAAUGUACAUAGCAUUGUAUAUAGUCUUUCUUUUCAUGUAUUGAAAUCAUUUUUAAACCCUUUUCUUCUUUUCUGUAUUAAUCUUUGCCUUCCUUUAUCGGUGGGCUGGUGUUGCCUUCAUUUAGCAAUCUGUGUGGUUGUUUUGUUGUUUCACACAAAGUGCACUGUAAUCGAAAUCAUUUUUUUCAUUUCAUAAUAUGUUUAAGUUUCCAGCUUUACACAUUUAAUGACAUAAAUCAGAUGUUUUGUUGGUGUUGUUUUCAGGGUUGUUUUGCAUGUACGUGUCUCUACAUCAUCUUGAUAUUUUCAGUAUUGUUUUUUUUUUGUGUGUUUGAAAUCGUGAUAAAGGGUCUGAUCACUAUCUGAGGAUAAGUACUGAAACUGAAACUCGGGUUUGUUUUUUUUCCAUCAUCCUUUUAUAGGCCGUGACAGAUCUUGUCAUGUUCUGUAAUUAUUAAUGCAUUGUUAUUAUAAAAAAUAAUAAUGUACCAUUAUUGGUGUACAAAUGUCCUAAGCUAUGAAUUUGCAAAACACAAAAGACCACUAAAGUACAAAUAAAUAAAAAAGUCCUCAAAGAAAAGUACUGUAACCUUGUUGCCUGACAAUUUCAGGAGUAGCACAUUCAAUGGCCAAUAUUGUAGUUCAACUAAGGCCGUUGGGUUCUGAGACCCACAAACUAAUUCAAUUGAACUUUGCUGUAUUUUGUUUACAAUCUGGUUAUUUUCUCAACUCCAGUUUGCUUGUUUAAUUGCUAAGAAGUCGACCUAAUUGAUAACCACUCUCAUAUUUUAAAACAUACUGCUGUGGCGGAAUCUACUGGUUGUGUGAUGAAUGAAUAAACUACAGCCAAAAUCACAGUAGUCCCUGCUACUGUGUGUCAUUUUAUUCAUUGUUUUUUUUUGGAGGGGUGCAUUUAAAAAAAAAAAAAAAAAGAUAAUCAUUGAUUUUACAGUUGCUGGUUCUUUGGAUUAAGCCAAGCUAUUUAUAUUCUUCUACUUUCUAUUGAUGCAAAGCAAAUCCAGGUGACUGCAGCCUUGCAUUAAACAUUGGCACCAACCUCUUCUAUUUCUCAGCAUGAUAGCAAACAGCAGUCUUCCAAAAAGACAAGUUUUUGUUUGUUUGUUUGUUUUUUUAGCUUACACUGUAUUGUUUUCAUGUCGCGGCUGAAUAGAGGCUACUACAUUUUGUUGUGUUUCUAAAUGUGGGGCUACAGUACCUUCAUCUUGCUAAAUGUUCACCUGCAAGUUUGUUCCUGAGAUAUCACUUUUUUUUCCUUUAAACUCCUAACAAUCAGCAAGUUUCUACUAUUUUAAAAUUCUAUGCAGUUUUGUUUGGGUCAUACAAUGUAAGGAGUAAUGUCAGAUUGGGUAAAUCUGAUUGAAAACUUGAGAAUUUGAUUUUGCAUUAUUCCUCCCUUGAAUUUUUGGGGCCAGCUGGAAAGGGUGCCCGUCUUGUUUUUCAUUUUUAGUCUUUCUCAGCAUUGAUCUGCUUCUACUGCUGGGUUAUUGUUAUUAUUAAUAUUAUUAUUACCAUUAUUAUUAUUGCUGCUACUCUUCUGUGGCUGUAAUAAAACACAAAAGAUCUUCAACAUGAUGUGAAAUAAUUUUAAACAAAAAUAAACUGUCUGUGAAUAUGU